CCGGGGGUUGCCGGGAAACGUCGGCCGGCGGCUGUGGCAGGGACCCGCGGACAUGGCGGCGGCGGCGGCGGCGCGGCUGGGGGCCGCCUUUCUCCUUCUCGCCGCCCAGGGGGCCUGCGAGUACGGCAUGGUGCACGUGGCUUCCGAGCGGGGCCCCCGAGGCCGGGACUACUGCAUCCUCUACAACCCGCUGUGGGCCCGGCUGCCCCACGACCUCAGCAAAGCCCCCCUGCUGCAGCUGCAGGACUGGACGUCCUCCAUGCUCUGCUCACCCUCCGACCUCCCCGCUUCCGGCUUCAGCAACCAGAUCCCGCUGGUGGCGCGGGGGAACUGCACCUUCUACGAGAAAGUGAGGCUGGCCCAGGGCAGCGGGGCGCGGGCACUGCUCAUCGUCAGCCGGGAGAAGCUGGUCCCCCCAGGAGGCAACAAGACACAGUACGACGAGAUCGGGAUCCCCGUGGCCCUGCUCAGCCACGGGGACAUGCUGGACCUCUUCAAGAGUUUCGGGCGAGCGGCGAAGGCAGCACUGUACGCGCCUGACGAGCCUGUGCUGGACUACAACACGGUCACCAUCUUCCUCAUGGCUGUGGGCACCGUCGCCGUUGGCGGCUAUUGGGCCGGGAGCCGGGACGUCAAGAGGAGGUACAUGAAGCACAAGAGGGACGAUGGGCUUGAAAAGCAGGAGGACGAGGCGGUGGACGUGACGCCAGUGAUGAUCGGCGUGUUUGUUGUCAUGUGCUGCUCCAUGCUGGUGUUGCUCUACUACUUCUACGACCACCUCGUGUACGUGGUCAUCGGGAUCUUCUGCCUGGCCUCCUCCACGGGCCUCUACAGCUGCCUGGCGCCCUUUGUCCGGAGGCUGCCCUUUGGCAAGUGCAGGGUCCCCGACAACAGCCUGCCGUACUUCCACAAGCGCCCCCAGGUCCGCCUGCUGCUGCUGGCACUGGCCUGCAUCUCGCUCAGCGCGGUGUGGGGCGUCUUCCGCAACGAGGACCAGUGGGCCUGGGUCCUGCAGGACGCUCUGGGCAUUGCCUUCUGCCUUUACAUGCUGAAGACCAUCCGGCUGCCCACCUUCAAGGCCUGCACGCUGCUGCUGCUGGUGCUCUUCAUCUACGACGUCUUCUUCGUGUUCGUCACGCCUUUCCUGACCAAGAGCGGGAACAGCAUCAUGGUGGAAGUGGCGACCGGCCCCUCGGACUCGGCCACCCGCGAGAAGCUGCCCAUGGUCCUGAAGGUGCCCCGGCUCUCCUCCUCCCCGCUGGCCCUCUGCGACCGGCCCUUCUCCCUCCUGGGCUUCGGCGACAUCUUGGUGCCAGGCCUCCUCGUGGCCUACUGCCACCGCUUCGACAUCCAGGUGCAGUCCUCCCGCGUCUACUUCGUGGCCUGCACCAUCGCCUAUGGCAUCGGCCUUCUGGUGACGUUUGUGGCGCUGGCCCUGAUGCAGCGUGGCCAGCCCGCCCUGCUCUAUCUGGUGCCCUGCACGCUCACCACCAGCUGCGCCGUGGCCCUGUGGCGCCGGGAGCUGGGCGCGUUCUGGACGGGAAGCGGCUUUGCGAAAGACCUACCUCAGUCCUCCUGGGCCCCGGCCAGAGCCGAUGGCCCGCAGCCUCCGAAAGACGCGGGCAGCUGCCCCUCUCCCCCACCCCUGAGUGAAGAGCUGCUCAGGAGCCCCCUCCAGGCUGAGCAGCCCCCCGAGCCAGCUGUGCCUCAGGACACAGAGGCUGCUGCCAUUGCCCCUGCCUGUGCACCCACCAGCCCGGCUGCCAGCACGCCAGCAGCCGCAGACCAGGAGCAGGGCCAGUCCAGCGCCUCGGACUAGGUGAGCAGGGCCGCGAGGCUCUUGGCCCUCACCACGCAGCCCGCCAAGCCGACAGUCCUGACGGCCACCGGAGGGGGACGUGAUGACCCUCCAGGACCCUGGGCGCACGUUGGGCCCACCACUCCCGGAAACAUGGUGCUCUUGUCUGGCCGAUGCCCCAGGCCGCCGCGGCUACGCCCCCCAGCCCUGCUCAGGCCCAACCCCGCGGGGCCGCCGCCAGCCCCAGCCACCUGCUCCGCCACCUCGCGCUGAGUCUUCCGCCUCAACUUCCGCUUAUGGAACCUUCCGUCCGAGCGUGGGGUUGGACGCCGUCUGCCCCAGGAAAGACCAGGCCCGUUCAGCACACGAACAGCUGGAUGCGUCGAUACUUGGUGCUUAACCUGCUUCUUGUUUCUCCUUAUCUACGAGGCAUUCGCUUCUUGGGGGCAAGAAAGGAAAAGGUUUUUGUUGUUUCUUCUCUAAAGGAAUGUUUUGUGCGCAGAUUCUUUUCCUGAGGUCCAGUAGAGCUUCAAUGUUGAAAACCUCGUGGACUGUCUGGGAACUUGGAAGUGGGAUCCACCCACCAGGACUAGAGCUGUUGGCCCCCGCUGGGUGGGGAAGGGGCGGAUGUGGGGUCUGGGCCCCGCUUCUGGGUGCCCGGGGCUCGUGGGGCUGGAGGUGAGUGGCAGAGCUGCUUGCUCUGGGACGGGAGCUCCUGCCCAUGUGUGUCCGACUCCCUGUUCCAGUAAACGGCCGCCACGCUCUGGAUCCCAGUAGUGCUGCUUUGUGGGAUGUGACUGGGGAUGGGCACAGGCCAGGGCUCAGCUCUCAGCGUCCGCACGGCCCCGCUCGCCGCGGGAAGGGCCGGCCCCGGGCAGCCCCAGGGGGCAUGGUCACCUUGGGGUCCAGGGUCAGGCCCCCUGGUCAUCCGGUGUGGAGGGUCCACGGGCCGCCUCAUUGACGUGACGUUCCGGUCCUCGCAGUAACCCCACCCAGCUCACAGCAGAGGUGACGGCACUUGUAUUUUUAAGAGCAGCGAGGAGCUUCUGGAAUGUGCAAGGGUGUUCUGGAAACGGCGGUUUGCCUUCUACCUCACCGGCAGGUUCUCUCCCAGCCCUGCCCCGGGACCCGUCUUCCCGGCCUGCUUCCCCACCUUUGCUGCAACGCCCACCUCGCCGUUGCCACGCUCCACCACCCCGAAGCAGCCUCCCUGCAGCCGAUGGACGCCAGGCCCUGCCCCGUCCCACCUGUCACCCCUGCCUGCCUCCAGGUCCAAGCCCAGAACGAAGUUUCCACUGACCCCAUGGGAUGCCGAGCUCCUGCCCAGGCAGCUGUCCCGUCUGGCCCACGCUUUCCACCGCUCUGUCCCAGGCAGAAGGAUUGGGGUGAAUCCAUGAUCCAUUCCAGAAAAUUCUAGCGCUGGGGGCCUGCAAUCGGCCUUUGUCAGCCACGCUUCCUCCGGAGAAGCAAUGCUUUUUCCUUACAAUAAACAAAAAGAAGUCGUCUCCUCAAACCUAUUUCCGUGUGUUUCUUAAAAGCUGAAGACUUGGGAGCAAGAUCAGUCAGACCUCCCUCCCCGUGGGAAUCCCUGGUCUCGGGGUCGGGCCCAGGAUGGAACCCCCCGGAGGGUGGCCUGGGCAGGGGGCCGGGGUCGAGCCCCUCCUGCCGCAGAGACUGCGCCUUAACUUAAGUGAAGCCAUUUCAUACCUGGGCACAAGGAAGUGGGGAUUUCGCUUUCUGUUUGGGAAGUUUGACAGAUGUCAAGGCAUUCAAAGGGGAUGCUACUUCCUGAAGUUUCCUUUUGUAUUUUUUUGCUUUCCUUCUGUUUGAAUCUGAUAAUUAAACGUAGGCUUUUGAUAUUUACAACUCA